AUGUCUGCUUUUAACUCUUUCAACAUGUACAAGAGCGCCCUCAUUUUGGGUUCCUUGCUGGCAACAGCCAGUGCUCAGCAAAUUGGUACUUAUACCGCUGAAACCCAUCCUUCUUUGAGCUGGUCUACUUGCAAAUCAGGUGGUAGCUGCACCACAAACGCCGGUUCCAUUACGUUGGAUGCCAACUGGCGUUGGGUCCAUGGUGUUAAUACAAGCACCAACUGCUACACUGGCAACACUUGGAAUACCGCUAUUUGCGACAGUGAUGCUACCUGUGCCCAGGACUGUGCUCUCGAUGGUGCUGACUACUCGGGCACGUACGGUAUCACUACCACCGGCAAUUCAUUGCGCCUGAACUUCGUUACCGGUUCCAACGUCGGAUCUCGUACCUACCUCAUGGCCGAUAACACCCACUACCAGGUCUUCGACUUGUUGAACCAGGAGUUCACCUUCACCGUCGAUGUAUCCAACCUUCCUUGCGGUUUGAACGGUGCCCUCUACUUCGUGAACAUGGACGCCGACGGUGGUGUCUCCAAAUACCCCAACAACAAGGCUGGUGCUCAAUAUGGUGUCGGAUACUGCGACUCUCAAUGUCCUCGUGACUUGAAGUUCAUCGGUGGUCAGGCCAACAUUGACGGCUGGACUCCCUCCGUCAACAACUCCAACACUGGUAUCGGUAACCACGGAUCCUGCUGUGCCGAGCUCGAUAUCUGGGAGGCAAACAGCGUCUCAGAGGCCUUGACUCCUCAUCCUUGCGAUACAGCCACCCAAACCAUUUGCACUACCGAUGCCUGCGGUGGUACCUACAGUAGCAACCGUUACGCCGGUACCUGCGACCCUGACGGAUGUGAUUUCAACCCUUACCGUCUCGGUAACACUGACUUCUACGGCGCCAGCAAGACUGUUGACACCACCAAGCCAUUCACCGUUGUGACUCAAUUCGUCACUAGCGACGGCACUAAUACCGGUACCCUCUCCGAGAUCAGACGUUACUACGUCCAGAACGGCGUUGUCAUCCCCCAGCCUUCUUCCAAGAUCUCUGGAGUCAGCGGAAAUGUCAUCAACUCCGACUUCUGUGCUGCUGAGAUCUCCACCUUUGGCGAGACUUCCUCCUUCACCAAACACGGCGGUUUGGCUAACAUGGGUACUGCAAUUGGGGAUGGUAUGGUCUUGGUGAUGAGUCUGUGGGACGACUACUCCGUCAACAUGCUCUGGCUCGACAGCACCUACCCCACAAACGCGACUGGUACCCCUGGUGCUGCUCGUGGUAGCUGCGCUACAACCUCUGGUGACCCUAAGACCGUCGAGGCGCAAUCCGGUAGCGCCUAUGUCAUCUACUCCGACAUCAGGGUUGGACCUCUCAACUCUACUUUCAGCGGUACCCCCUCUACCGGCGGCACUACUACUACUUCCGCCACUGGCACUACUACCAAGACCUCUAGCACCAGUACCUCGGCCUCUACGACCACUAGCUCUGCCCCUUCUACCGGCACUGGAGUCGCUUCUCACUAUGGUCAGUGUGGUGGUCAGAACUGGACUGGCCCUACCACCUGUGCUAGUGGAUACACUUGCACUGUCUUGAACCCCUACUAUUCUCAAUGCUUGUAA